AUGUUUGGAUUAUUGGCUUAUGAAAUGGGGGGAAUUAAUGGAGAAAUGUUUAAUGAUGGUGAGAACGAUAUGGGAUAUAUCGAGAACCCAGUUCGUGCCCGUUUUCGUUCUCGUCGUAGCUGUCUUCCUCCAAGUUGUGUUGGAAACUGUUACUCUGGAAACUGCGCUUAUUGGUGCAAUCUUUGUUAUGGCAAAUAAAGAAUAUAUAGGAUGUGAUGAAAUUUUUGCUAAGACAUAAAAAAAUAAAUUUCACAAAUAUUUUAAAUUGUGAAUGGAAUACAUAUAGUUGGUAAAAAAUAAAAUUGAAAAAAAUAUUUUUUAUUGG